AAGAAUUUAGAUGCAAUUAAAGAGAUCGCAGAAAAAGCAAAUGAAUUAAAAAUACCAAUUAUAGCAAUCAAAAACAAUAUUAUGGAGUCAUUUUCAAAGAACAAACCCCAUCAAGGUGUAAUUUUGGAUUGCUCGCCCUUGACAGUAUUGAAUAUCGAUUUCUUAAAGCCAUUUAAAGCAAACAAAAAUACAAAGAGAUACCCACUUUGGAUUGUAUUGGACGAAUUAUGGGACCCACAAAAUGUAGGCACAAUUAUUAGAUCUUGCUCAUUCUUUAAUGUCGAUGGUAUAGUUAUAUCGGAUAAAUGCUCAAAUCCAAUCACACCAACCGCAUCAAAAUGUUCAUCGGGUGCUGUUGAAAACUAUUUGGUUCACAAGAGCGAGUCUAUUAAUGGUUUUCUAUUAUCCAGUAAAAAGAAUGGUUGGAAUAUAGUGGCUACAUCUGUAGAUGAUAAUAGUAGCGAGGAUUCGUCAAGUCCCGCCAACUAUAAUAUUACCGAUGUCAAAUUAGAUCAACCAACUAUACUAAUUCUAGGUAAUGAAGGUUUUGGUGUCCAUAAAUCAAUUAUUAACCAAUGCGAUAAAACUAUUAGAAUUUCUGGUGGUAACAAGAAAAUUGAUUCAUUAAAUGUUUCAGUAUCAACAGGUAUUUUAAUUCAUAGUUUAUUAAAU